GGAAAACAACUUAAGAAGUUGAAUAUUUUUUAGGGUUGCUUCAUUUUAACUGUCUAACUUUGAACACAUAUCGACAAAAUUGUCUUCAUUUCUUUCGUCGAAUAUUUACCGGUUAGUGUACAAACUUUGAACCUAGUUGUUGAUAGGCCUUCGAUUCAUUCGCGCCGGAAAAAUCGAGAAAAACUUUUAAUAUCGAAGGAAUCUUCAUAAGCUGCAAAACAUUUUCAAUUUCCUGUUUUUUUCCCAGUCACUAUCAUGUACUGGAUGAUAACAGCAGUUUUUAAAACUACUAUUGGAUGGCUUGUGGAGAAAGGCAGAGAAAAAGUAGCAGAAAAACUUAAAUAUGGCGACGUAACAGAUCAACAGCUUCGCGGCAUCAUCAUACGUGAAAUUGACGAUGUGAAGUCUAAGCUGGAUGGAAUAUCAAAGAAAGAGUUGAAAACAAGUAUAAGCUCCUUUAGAGAAGGAAUCGAGUACCUGUAUAAAGUAUUUGAAGAGACUAGGUCGAGGGAUGAGCUUACUGAAUAUGCCACAAGGCAGCUCGCCACUGCAAAAGACAGAUUCAAAUUUGCUCGUCAAAUGGCAACCAUUGCUUUUUCAAAUGAAGCAUUAUCAACAACUGACCGCAUCUUAGCAAUGCAGUACCGAGUGAUGGCAACAGAAUUAGAAACAAUAGACCAUCCCGCAGAUGCUGUAGCAUCAUGUAGAGUGUGUAUCGAAGAGCUAAACAGUCUGCCGGUGGUUCAGCAAAGUCUUCAAGAGCAGCUCAGGACAGGUAUCAUGGCAGUGAAGGGUUUAUUUAGCAAAGAAGAACGACGGAAAGUUAUUUCCGGUGUCUGUCUUAUCAAUCGUGUCGUCUACGAUGUCACACAAACAGUAUCCGUUAAAGAACCAUUGCCACAAUGGCCCAUGAUUGAUACAGGAAAAGAGAAAGUUGAUCUGCUGCGAGACCGGAGAGUAACAAAAAUACUUUGUAGACAGGGUAUGGAGAACUGUAGUGUGUCAUGGAUACUUGGUCAUUAUGGCGAAGAGGAGCACAGGUUAAAUAAUCCGAGUGGUAUCGCUACCAACUCAAGCGGGCAAUAUAUUGUAGCAGACUGUGACAAUACAAUCAAGGUGUUUGACAAGAGUGGCAUGUUUGUGCAACGUUUCAGAGUUCCUGCUCCUCUUUUAGAUGACAUGGGUAAGCAGCUAUCCUUUACAUACCGGGUGGUUCAUCUAGUCGCAGACAUGAAUGACAACAUUUAUGUGCCGGUCAAAGAAACCAGUUGUGAGGACUCAUACUGGAUUUCUAAGUUUAACAAAACUGCUGACGAGCAUAACAGUUUUCGCGUCAGGACAAUGGGCUGCGAAUGCAAACUGUCAGUCAGCGAUAGUGGUAAAGUGGUGGUACUGAAGAGAAACUCUGGAGAGAGUUAUGGGAUUGUGGAUGUUUAUGAGGCUAAUGGUCAGUUUGUUUGCAGUUUUGGAAGACAAAUCUUGAGUUACCCGUGCGACAUCACUACUGUAAGUGAUGGUAGAGUUAUGGUGGUGGAAGGAUGGCUUUCGACGCCAGGUGUUCACAUAUUCAGCGAACAGGGUGACCAUCUAAACAGGUUUGAUCUGCAAAGGUUUCUGAGAUCUCCAAAAAUUGCAUUUCACAGGGAAAGUCAACAAGUCGUCGUGGCCGGUAAUAAGGAAUCAGACAUCUUGUAUGUAGGGAUAUACACUAGAGAUGGUGAGUUUGUGCGAAGUACUCUUAUCCAUAUGGGAGAGUCCUUUAUUCUGAAUGGGAUUGCAGUGACCACCGAGGGACACAUUGCAGUAGUAACCCGGAUUCUAGGUUCAACAAAAAAAGUAAUCAUCAUUUAAAAAACGCACUGAUUUUCCAUUCUUACUUUCACGUUUAGUUUACUAACUGUUUAUUAUUACAUAAAAUAAUAAUAAUAAUAAUAAUAAUAAUAAACACAAAGCCUUUAUUUUUCACAGGGCAUGAUGUAGCUUGAGACAAAAGUUUUAUGCCUAGAAUGAAAGCCUUUAUAGCCUCAAUUUAUUAACUUUUGAAGCGUUGAAAUUUAAUCGAACAAAUGUGAUGCAGUUUAGAAAAUUUUCUUGGAAAAUAAGUACUACAUCAUUGAUCAUGUAGGAACUUUAUUGACGGCUCCAGGCUUAGCUAGAGAUAUGAUGCUUAUUUGGCAAUCAACCUAAUGGUCCUCACUUCUUUAGAUGUAUUAAUAAAAUUGCACAUUGCAACUGCCAUAUAUUUCCUUGUAAUGCGAGGAAAUACUUUUUUAUGUCAUGGCAAGGUGACACGUCUGACACAGCAAUAAGCUGAGAUAUUUGUUUAUUCUCAUUACCUGUUUACUGGAUAAUGUAUGGAUAUUGUAAGGAGAAGUUGAAUGUGAUUCUCUUCUGUGUGUGAAAGGGGUUGAUAUUCAGUCUCUCUCACAUGUAUGUGCGUCAUUUUAUAUUUUAAUCAUGGUGUUCCUAUCUUUCGAUAAUUUCAAAACUAGCCUUUAUCCGUCUUUUAAGCAUAAUGCGUGGACAGUUACUGCUGUGAUAGGCCUAACGUUUGCUUAAGUAGUUUUGAAUGCUUGUGCUUUUCAUGUCGCAUGUUUCAUUAAUCUAAUGAAGUAUUUAGCUGUCGUUUCUUGCGUGACAAUUUUGAGGCAAGACCAAUUUCUGCAGUGAACUUUGUCGCGUGGCAAAUCUAGAUGAUAAAAAAUUAGUAGAAAGAUCGAUCCUUAGAGAUCAAUUAAACUUGUCAGUAAAGACUAAUUAUUUCAUAGCUGGCUAAUCAAUGUUAGGGGAAAAAUUCAUGUGUUUUAGUUCGUGUAAUGUUAGUUCAAGUUUUGUUUCAAUUCAAAUUUUAUUUUUCAAGUUUCAAUUUAUUUCGUGUAUUCUGUUUGUUCUUUGACUCGACCGGUCGAGCUAUAAAGAACGAUGAACAAAUUGCUCCAUUCAAAUUGUUGUUACCAUUGUGUAAAUUAUAGCCAAAAAUUGAAUUGUUGACGUAUCAUAAAAUGAUAUACUUAGGGUUUUUCGUGGGUUUUUGGGCAUAUAUAUUCGCUAAUUUUCCAUAUGUAUUCGUAUACUUUCAUAUUUAAAAUAUUCGGCUUCAUUCGGGUUUUCCUUCUAGUAAGUUAAAAAAUAUAAUUAAAUAAAAAAAAUAUUUAAAAAGCCACAGCAGUUUUUGAGUAGUAAACUAAGAAAUUUUUGCUUUCUUCUUGCUUUCAUUGUAUACCUGUAUAUUGGUACUUUUGUUGUUCAUUACUAGUGAAAUAUUACGUAAAUAUAAGUGUAAAUGGUCUUUUUGGAAAAAUUGAUUCUCACGGUAGUUAGCAGCUGAGAUUAUACUCGUAAUGUUAAUUUCCUUUCAUACGAUAAUUUCCACACCAACCUUACAUAGAUAAGCAGAAAUUUUUAAUUACUUUUCCGCUUUUAUUUCCUAAGCUGCUCUACUUUAAUUAAGAUAGGUAUAUUUUCUAUACCAGAGCUGUGAAUUCUCACCCAAGUUUCCUAUUUUUGAUGGCCUCGAAUUUGUUGUAUCCGUCCUUUAAAUUUUGAAAUUCUUUUCAUCGUAGAAACAGCGGGAACAUUUAAGUAGUUUUCGUAUAACUUCAAGGAGACAUUUUCUGCUUCUUUGUGUCCUUGUUCAAAUAUUGUAAUUUGUGUUACAAUAGCACCUCACACCAGUUAGUUUUUAAACAAGUACCUUGUACAGCUUUUGCUACAAUUAGUUUAGCUUUUACCGUGGCAUGAUUUAUGUUAGAGUGCUCUUCGAAUAAAGUCUGCUGUGGAACUAAAACGCUGUCU